GUGAAUUUAUAAUUUGCAAAGAAGCUUGAAACGUUGAUGGCUCCAAAGCGUGCUAAGGUGGUGGUUAGAUCCACAAGGAAAGUUGUUGAAGAAAGUGUGCAGGUUUCAGUUGUAAGCAGUGAAAAACGAUUAACCCGAGGUAGCAAAGAUGUUCAGAUAGAUAGACAUGUUGGUAGUACUCUAAAACAAGAGCAUGUGAAGAACAUUCCCGUUCAAGAAGUGACGCCUCAACCCAAAGAGGAUACAAUUGCAAGCACAAACACUGUCACUACUGAAGACAAAACAAAGCAAGAAAAUACUCCAAAUGAAGCUACCAUGGAACCCAAAGAGCAGGAGAAGAAGGUCAAGUACAAGGAAGGAAAUGAUAGUAGUAAAGAGAUAAGGAAGAAGAAAAGGGGGAGGAGAAAGAGAGAAGGGUAUCAGAGAUAUGUGUAUAGGGUAUUGAAGCAAGUGCACCCUGACAUGGGCAUUUCAUCACAAGCUAUGACUAUUCUAAAUAAUUUGAUGAAUGACAUGUUUGAGAGGCUGGCUGAUGAGGCUGCAAAGCUGAACACAUACACAGGACACAUGACAUUGUCGUCAAGGGAGAUUCAAGGAGCAGUGAAACUGGUUUUGCCGGGAGAACUUGGGAAACAUGCUAUUGCUGAAGGAGCCAAAGCUGUUACAAACUAUAUAUCCUCCUAUGCUGCCUGAUAUAUAGAACCACGAGUGUACAUGUUUCUGUUAUGCUUUAUUAACCUUUUGUAUAGUAAGUUUAGGUGUACUGCUGUGGGUGAGUGUGCCCCUUUGUGUAUUCUUUUCUCUUUUUUUCUUUUAAGAGAAGAAAAGGUGCAGGCAAAGAGAAUGGUUGUCCUUUAUGUGAACUGCUUCACUGAGUGUGGAUUACUAAUUGUUACCUAUAAUGAGAGUUUCUCCUUUAACUUUUA